CCUUUCCUCAGCCGCCCAUUCCGCAGCCCAGACCAGACCUCACGAGACACUUCGAUCCACAUGGCGAUGCUUAGGGUUUCCCCGUCCCCGGCCGCCGCGGCCAACCAUGUCUCCGGACCUGCCGCGAACCCCGCCUCCGUCAGGGUGCCGGCGCCGCGCGUCUCGCCGUCCGCGUGCAGGGCGGCGGGCAAGGGCAAGGAGGUGCUCAGCGGGGUCGUCUUCCAGCCCUUCGAGGAGAUCAAGGGGGAGCUCUCCCUCGUGCCCCAGGCCACCGACAAGUCCCUCGCGCGCCAAAAGUUCGUCGACGAAUGCGAGGCCGCCAUCAACGAGCAGAUCAAUGUGGAGUACAAUGCCUCCUAUGCGUACCACUCCCUCUUCGCCUACUUCGACCGCGACAACGUGGCUCUCAAAGGAUUUGCCAAGUUCUUUAAGGAAUCAAGUGAUGAGGAGAGGGAGCAUGCUGAAAAGCUCAUGAAGUACCAGAACACACGUGGAGGCAGGGUCAGGCUCCAGUCCAUUGUCACUCCCUUAACAGAGUUUGACCACCCUGAGAAAGGCGAUGCUUUGUACGCCAUGGAGCUGGCUCUGGCUUUGGAAAAGCUGGUUAACGAGAAGCUGCACAACCUGCACACUGUGGCGACAAGGUGCAAUGAUCCUCAGCUGACAGACUUCAUCGAGAGUGAAUUCCUCUCGGAGCAGGUUGAAGCCAUCAAGAAGGUCUCCGAGUAUGUUGCCCAGUUGAGGAGAGUGGGCAAGGGACACGGGGUGUGGCACUUUGAUCAGAAGCUGCUCGAGGAAGAGGCCUGAAGGAAGGAGGGAAGGAAACACCCGUGGAGUAGUAAGGGUGGGAAGCUGCUCGAGGAUCAGAUUAUGCGGCUGGAGCAACCAAACGCUGGGUGUGGAUGUUUAGAGGGUCCUUUGCAUUAGGUCUCUGGGGUUGUGUAGUAGCAGUAGGACCGUGUUGCAUAGAUGCACUGAGAGGCAGUAGAACUUGUGAUGUUAUUGCUGUGGCUUGGGGUGCUCGUUCCCGCCCCAUUGCGAUUAUUAUGGGAAAUAAAAAUCACACAGAUUGCGAGCACCGUA